CCCAAUUCCUACCGCCAUGGCCUUAACCCUAACCAAGCUCUUUCUCUUCUCAUUCCUUGUUUCUUCCACCGUACUCACCGCGAGAUCCGAACUCCUAACCUCCAAGCGCGAGAAGCUCACUCACUUCCGCGUGUACGUGCAGGACAAAAUCGCCGGGAGCAAUGCCACCGUCGUAACCGUAGCCCAGGCAUCGACGACCAACCAGUCCGCCACGUCAUUCGGUCUAGUAAGGGUUUUCGACGAUGCGUUGACUGUGGGUCCCGAGAUGAGCUCCAAGAACGUGGGUGUGGUACAAGGCAUGGCGGCAUUUGCAUCCCAAAGUGAGAUGGCCUUGUCGAUGUCCCUGAACUUCGUGUUCACGGCGGGGAAGUACAACGGGAGCAGUUUGACCGUUGUGGGGAGGAACAUGUUGUCGUUGAAGGUGAGGGAAAUGCCUAUUGUUGGUGGAACUGGUCUUUUCCGGUUGGCCCGGGGUUAUGUUCAGACUAGCACUUACUCGUUGGACCUGAAGAAUGGACUCGUCGUUCUUGUGUAUGAUUUCUCUGUGUACCACUCACUAUUGACGGUUUCGCUAGGUUAA